AUGGAACUCACCCUGUUACGGCCCCUGAUACAGCCUCUGAUACGGGCGUUCUCGCCUGUCUCGGAGUAUUUGUUUGCUCGUUAUCCUAUUCUUGCGCAGCUCGCCGAGCGAGAUGACCUAGUGUCCCUUGUAUUCACUGUGGGUGCUCUGCUGUUGCUAUUGAUGCCAGUAUUCACGCCGCGGACCAAGUUUGGCCUUCCUAUUGUUGGAUACCGGAGCAUCUUCGAGCCGUCGUGGCUUCUGAAACUGCGCUUCAUUCGAAACAGCCGGGGCAUCUUGAAAGAAGGCUAUGACAAAUACCGGGACAUGUUCGUCAUUCGCCGCUGGACCACCGACGUCGUCGUUAUCGCGGACAAUAAAUACAUGGAAGAGAUCAGGACGCACACCAAGGAUGCCGUUCGAUCGGUGGAGCCGUUCGUACUAGAUCUUGCUGGCGACUUCUACCAUCAGGGAAAAGUAUUCAUCGAAAGUGACCUGCAGAAUCGAGUCAUGCAACAAAAGGUCACCCCAAACCUGGGCAAUCUGAUACCCAUCAUGAAGAGCGAACUGGGUUUCGCGCUACAGCAGGAAUUGCCAGAUGUCGAGGCAGAAGACUGGGUGCAAGUCGACGCAAUCAAUGUCUUUGCUCGAUCCAUUGCUCGGAUUGUAGCGCGCAUCUGGAUCGGACCCGAUGAGUGCCGAAACGAGAAUUGGCUGGAAGCGACCACCGACUACACGCAGAACAUAUUCGCUACGGGCUUCAUCUUACGCUUCGUUCCCUGGUUUCUGAGACCCUUCGUGGCACCGCUGCUUCCUACCUAUCGAAGCAUGCUCAAGAGCACUGCGAAUGCUCACGAGAUUGUCGACGGCUUGAUCAACAACCGCGAGAGCGAGGGCAGCACCAGCACCAAGAGCGAUGGCUCCAAGUGGAGUAAUGACAUCCUGCAAUGGACCAUGGAAAUGGCCCGCGGAAAGGAGCUUCAAAGAGAUAACCUCGCCGAGCGAAUAUUGAUCUUGAGUCUGGCGGCCAUUCAUACCACUGCCUUAACCAUGGCGCAAGCGCUGUACGACCUGUGUGCGAACCCGCAAUACAUCGACGAGCUCCGUGAAGAGCUGGUUGAGGUUCUCCGCAGUGAAACCGAAUGGAACAAGACGACAUUGUUCAAGUUUGCCAAACUCGACAGUUUGCUGAAGGAGUCGCAGCGGAUGAACUCGGUCUUCCUGCUGACGUUCAACCGCUUCCUUCCCGGCCCAAUCACCUUAUCGAACGGGGUGCGUUUGCCAGCUCGCACGCGGAUCGCCGUGCCUCAAUAUGCCAUCAUGAACGAUCCUGUCAACGUGCCCGGUGAAGAUUCAGCGAAAUUCGACCCGUGGAGGUAUGAGAAGCUGCGCAAAGAGCCCGGCAACUCUCAGAAGUACUUCUUCGCCAUGACGGAUAACCUGCACAUGGCGUUCGGAUAUGGCAAGUAUGCGUGUCCUGGGCGUUUCUUCGCGUCAAAUGAAAUCAAGAUGCUCCUCGCUCACCUGUUACUUCGAUAUGAUUGGAAGUUUCCAGAAGGGCAGGGACGCCCGAAGAAUUUCACCAUCGAUUCCGACAUGUAUCCCGAUCCGACCAAACGGGUCAUGAUGCGGAGGAGGACGGUCGAAAAGAGACUGGAGGAUCUGUUGGCAUUUUGA